CGUCGAUAAGAUAAACAUUACCUACUCGGCCUCGGCAUUCGGCUAAAGAGAAGAUUUCCGUAACAGUGUUUGACUAGUGAUCCGGUGCCACAGUCGACUAACAAUAUAUUACUGUUGCUUUUGCUGUCUCAGCUUAUCCUUCGGCCGUAGUCCACUGCUAAAACUGCUACUGCUACUGCUAAACCUAAUACACUUAUAUAGGUUUUUAAUAUUAUUCACACUACGAUCACGGAGUUUCGUCGACUUCGGCAUAGUUGGUAUUUGAUUUACCGAAAUGGAAAGACACACUAAGAAAACUAAAAAGAUUGUUGAAGAAGAUGAUACUUAUAUAAAUGAUAAAACAAAACCUGAAGUAAAUCAAACUAAAUACUUGCUGUAUAGUGUUUUUGCUAUAUGUUUUGUGGUAAUAUACUCAUAUUAUACUAUAUAUAAAUCAGAUUUUGGAGACAAAGUUGUUAAAAAGCAACCAUUAUCAGAACCUGUAUAUGCUGUUAUUAUCGACGCAGGAAGUACUGGUUCAAGAGUAUUAGCAUUAGCUUUUAAAAAAACACCAAGCGGUUCUUUAGAGCUAGAAGAUGAAUUAUUUGUACAAGUUAAACCAGGCUUGUCUAGUUUUGCCGAUGAUCCAAAAAAAGGUGCUGAAUCAAUUGAUCAGUUAUUAGCCAAAGCUAAACAUUUUGUGCCAAAACAGUAUUGGAAAAGUACACCACUUGCAAUGAGAGCAACAGCAGGUUUAAGAUUAUUACCAACAGAAAAAGCAGACGGUCUUCUCAACGAAGUAGUACAAUUAUUUGAACACAAUCCGUUUUAUACAAAUGAAAAUUCAGUAGCCAUAAUGGAUGGUAUUGAUGAGGGUCUUUUUUCAUGGUUUACAGUUAAUUUUCUUCUUGACCGUUUGAAUGGUAAAUUGACAAAUUCAGUAGCUGCUCUUGAUUUAGGCGGUGGAUCUAUACAGAUCACAUUUAUCCCUACUAAUAGUAAACAAAUCAUAAAAGAAUUACCAGAAUUUAUUACAGAGUAUUCAAUAAUGAAUGAAAAAGUAAACUUAUAUAGCCACAGUUAUUUAGGGUUAGGAUUAAUGGCUGCUCGAAAGAGUGUAUUUACUGUCGAUGGUGACUUGUUGAAUGUUACUAGUCCAUGUGUUCAAGAUGCGGCCAAAGGGACACCUUACAAAUUUGCUCAAAAUAUCUACCAUGUAACUGGGGCCCCGUCAAAAAAAGGUCCAGCUGUUGAUUACUUGCUAUGUAAGAGUAUCAUUGAAGCUGUCGUUAAAACCGUGUACACUGACAAACCCAAAGAUUUGCUCAAUCAGAAAAUAGUAGCAUUUUCGUACUUUUAUGACAGAGCUCAAGAUGCCGGUCUCGUCGGCGAAGAAGGAGGAGACGUUACCAUAAAAUCGUUUUAUGAAGCAGCAGAGAGAGAAUGUUCUCAAACAAGUUAUAAUGAGCUACGUCCAUUUAAAUGCCUUGAUUUAACCUAUAUUUCUGUAUUAUUGGAACAAGGUUUUGGUUUACCCGUUGAAACUUCAGUCUCUUUAUUGAAUACUAUUGACGGUCAUGAAAUAAGCUGGGCGCUUGGAGCAGCUUAUCAUAUUUUACAAAAUGGACUUUAAUUCAAAUCGUCAUUUUUUAAAAACCAACAAUCAUGGUGAUUGAUGAUCAAAACUUAGUUUAUACUCUAUUUUCCACAGGUCAUGUCUAUAGUCUAAUUUUUCGCGAUUCAAACAUUGUGUACUAGUUAAUACUAACUAUUUACACAAAUAUUUAGUUGCGUUCUUGAUUUUUUAUUUUUUAUUAUUAAAAUAUUUGUUAUAUUUAUAUAUUAUAUUCCAACGAAUUAUUUUAUUUUAAAUACUUGUAUUGUAGAUUAAAAAUAUUUUAACUUUAGUCAUGAUAAUGAAACGUAAGAGUUAUAAUUUUUUUGUGAGUUGUUCACAAACAAAAUAGUUUGCAUUUCAUUGCCAUAAUUAUCUACUUAAUUGUUUGAUUCAAUAAAAUUGUAUAGUUGAAUAAUUUUGUAAUUAUUUAAUCAGACAAAAUUAAACUAUACCAGCUUGUCAUCA